AUGGACUGGAAAUAUUUGCAAUCUGUUGAUUUAGAAGACUUAAAUGACGACGAAAAAGACGAUUUAUAUAAUAAUGUUACAUGGUUUGAUGUCGAUAGCGAAAAUUUGGAUGAGAACAGAUAUAAAGUUUUGGUUAGGGCCUGCCAGGAGAUUUUAAAAUACAAGGGAGAACAAGUAGAAACUCUUUUACAUGAAUUAGAGGAGAUGGCUAUUAAGCAAGCAGAAGAAGAGGCUAGAAGACAAGAAAGUGAAGCUGAUGUGAAAAGCUCUAAAUCGAAAAAAUCGAGUUCGUUAGAAUACGAAAAUUUAGAACACAAAUAUUUGGAACUAAAAGCGAAACAUAAAAAGGCUGUUAAAAUCAAUGAAAAACACGAAGGUGAACUGACAAAGCUAAACAAUAAGCUAAAAGUUCUAGAACAAGAGAACAAAAGAUUACAAAAUGAGUUACAAACGAUGCCGCACGAUGCUGGUAGCGAAUCCGAUUAUUCAGAGAGUAUUAGAGACCGUCAAAAGGAGUUGGUGGAAACUAUACACAAUAAAAAUAUACAGAUAUCCGAUUUACUUCGAGAUAUUGAGGAAGUAGAACAGGAAAAUAUAGUUUUGCGAGAAAAAUUAACUAAAGUCAAGGAUGAAUUAUCAUUAGCAACCAAAGAUUUAGAAAAUCUCAAAGAUUUACUAUCAGGAAAAGAUGAGGAAAUCAAAGAUCAGGCGGGAAAUAUAAACAAAAUUAACCAAGAAUAUGAAGAACUUAAGAAAAAAUUUGAAUCCUGCCACGACGAGAAAUUACUGGUCGAAAAAAAAUUGAGUGAGACUACUGAAGUCCUAAAUAAAAAGGUUGAAGAAUUAAAGGAACAACUAUAUGCUAAAAAUGAAGAAAUCGAAAACCUUAGACUACGUCUAAAAGAACCCAGCUUAAAUUCCUCUUUAUCCAGUCUUCCUAAAGACGAUCCUGAACCUUCCCAAACGAUAAUCCUCCAAAAGUCUUUAAACGAUAAAGAUCAACAACUUAGAAAACUUAAAGAUGUCGUAAGUAGAUUUAGAAAAGAAAAAGACGAUUUUACAGAUAUCAUCAAUAAAUUAAAAGCCCAAAAGAAACAAGAACAACAAAAAUUAACGGGAUUACAAGAUAAUACAGAAGAGUUAAAGAAACAACUUAAGACUGUACAUGAGAGAUGUCAAAAGCUACACGAUGAUUUAGUAUUUGCAGAAAAAAAUGCUAGAUGCAAGGACGAAGAGUUAAAAGAUUUAUUGAAACAACUUCAUGGAGAGGGAAAAGACGAAUUGGCUGUAAAUAUACAAACACUGUCAGAACUUAAAUCGGAAAACCGCUCCAAGGAGAAACAAAUUAUUUCUCUGGUUAAGGCAACUAAUAAAUUACAAGAGGUAUCAGAUAUUUUAGAAAAAGAAAAUUGUUGUCUGAGACAAUUACAAAACUUAUUAAACAACCAAAAACUUCAAUUUUUUGGUUAUGUUCCUAUCGCAUCUGAAGAAACAUAUAUUAAUAACCUUAUUACAGUAAAUAAACAAAAACACGAGACAUUUUUGGCUCUUCAAAGGGUCAAACACGUGGAAAACGAAGCGGCUCUUUUAAAAGAAAAGCUUGAUAUUGAACUAGAUUAUCUAGCACAACAAAAGGAAAUGGGAACAGAUAAUUGUAAACAAGCAUAUAAUAAAAUGGCAAAUUGGAUGCAAGAAAAAAAGAACUUCCAAAUAAAUGAGAUUCGUCUAAAACGCCAGCUAGAAUUUAAACAAAGUGAACUCCAGCACUAUGUGGAAAGGGUUAAAUCACAAGAUGAUCAAAUAUUAAAACUAGACCAAGAACUGUUACAGAUUUACAAAUAUUUGGAUAUACCAGAUGGAGUAACACAAAAAUCAUUACAAGUGGAAAGUCGAGAGAAUAUUACACAGAAACCGGUAACUCCCGAGCCUAAACCACGUACCCUAAAAGCUAGUCGACCGGUAACUGUUCAAACAGAAAAUCUAGAGCCGGUUUCACCUACUUCUGAUGAAAAACAUAUUGUAAAUAACUUAAAAUCGGAACUAAUAACUCUUCAGGAAGAGAAUAAAGUUAAGGAAACACAACUUGAUCAAUUGAAAAGUAAAAUAACAGAGCACGAGAUGACGAUUAGUAUGUUUCGCAAACAAAUUGGAGAUAAACAAAGUCAGAUUACUUUUUACGAGAGACAUAUUAUGGACCUGCAAAAUAAGAAAACAGAAUUGUCUUCUACCGGAGCCGGCGGAGAUAAUGUUAAUGUUGGUACCGAAGCUGUUAGCCAGACACAAGAACAAAUAGUACUAAAGAAUUCAUUAAAAAGUCUUCAAGAAGAAAUAAAGUCUAAAGACGAACAAAUUAUGAAGUACCAAACUUUGCUGAAGAAUGAUAGGGAUAAACACAGCCUAGCAGCAGCGAGGUUGCAAGAAGAGCUACAAAAUUUGCAAAAACAAUUAAUGGAAGAAACCCAAAAGACCAAAAGUUUGGAGGAGAUUUGUGCCAAAAAUAGACCAAAUAGAGCAGCUUUGGAGCAAUAUGUAAGUCAAGUACACGCAUUAGAAAAGCACGCUUCUGAGCUACAUACAAAAUUAUCAACUUUAGAGGUGCAGCUACAGUCUAGUCGACAAGAAUCGAUAAGAUGGAGAACUAUGGCCAACGAUAGAUUAACUGCUAUGGAAGACCUACGAAAAGAUUUAGAUAAACAGCAUCAAACAGAAAUGGUACAAUAUAAGUCUGAUAUCGAAAAAAUGAGGGAUCUCGGGAACGACGAGAUAAAUACUUUAAGACAAUUAAUACUAAGGCAAAAAGGAGAACUAACUGGAAGACUAGAUAUGGAUAUUCAACGAUUGAUUAGAGAAAAAGAUGAUAAAAUACAUGAAAUGAUUGUCAAGCUCCGACAAGUAAAGACGUUAAAGAAAUCCGAACCUCUAGAAUCGGAAUCGACUACAAAGUUUACCGAGAUGGAAUCUGCCAAAGAUUUACUUACCAAAGAACACGAUUUGCUGAAAAGACGAUACGAACAGUUGCUGAUAAAAGAAAAGAAUGCUCGAGACGAGAUAAGAGAGUUAAAAACUCAACUGUUAAAAAAACCCAUAAGUGCUCGAAGCGAUAAAUCCGAUAAAUCUAUUAAAGACCAACUCCAGAAAAAAGUUUUUACACUAGAAAAUGAAAUUAUAGAUCUCAAACAGAAUCUCAGCGAACAAAUUGCCAUCAACGAAGCUCACAGAGUACAAGCCAAUGAAGAUUUCGAAAAAUGGAAGAAAAUGAAAUAUUUUCAACAAACAGCCGAGAAGUUGAAAAACAAAUUAAAGGAAAGGGACAAUGAGUUUGAAAAGUUACAGCAGACUAAUACAGGAUAUAGAAUGGCGAUAGAACGUUUGGAACGGGAAAAACGAAAUCUUGAAAAUAGGGUCAAGACACUAAAAGCUUCUAACCUAAAUAUUAAUUUAAAUUCCGAAUUAGAAACGUUAAGAACUGAAAAUUUAAAAUUGCUCAACGAUGUAGACAUAUUAAAGCACAAACUAGAAAUGCAACAACACCAUGCGGGAGCUUUGGGAGCUACUAUGUUGCAGGAAAAACUCGAAGGACAGGAAAGAAAGAUUGCGAUUUUAGAAUUAUCGGCCAAGGGAAGUGUGGAAGUACGAACCGAAUUAGACCGUCUUCAGACAGCGAAUUCGAAUUUGCAGAAAAGCAACUUGAGACUAGAAGCGGAGAACUUGGAUCUGAAAUUGGAUCUGGAGAAAUCUAAUAAGGAAGUGCCUCAUUUACAUCAACAAAUUCAACAUCUAGAAAAUUAUAUAGAUGUCCUCAAGAGUGAGAAUAGCAAACAGCAAGUUGACAUUUCAAGUGAUCCGCAAGAUUCUAGUCCUGGAACUAAAAAAGUUUCUGAGUUAGAACGAACUGUUUUUAUAUUAAAACGAGUUGUAGAGAAGCUUCAGGCAGAAAAUAAAAGACUUGUUAGCGGAAAAAGGCCUCUUUCUGAUCGAUCAGCUUCUGCUGAUAAACUGAAAAGAGACCACGUUCGCCUAAAAGAACAACAUUCAGAAUGCAAACAAAGAAUCGAAGAACUAACAAAAGAAUUAGAAGCAACCAAAAAUACUCUGCACAGCCUUACUGCCUCUAGGAAAGAAGACGACAAAUCAAUUGUAUUAGCGAGGGAACUAUCCAACAUUAAAGAUCAAUUGGAAAUGAAAUCAUCACUAUUGGACAAGGUUAAAAUAUUGUUGCAUAGAGCUGCUGCAAAAGAAAAGGCACUCAUACAAGAG